CUGCUAGCAGCAAAACAUUCUUUCUGUAUAGCCACAUACAAUUAAAGCUUUAGUUAUUUGACGUGCACGUCCAUGGAGAUCAUGAGGUCUUGGCAGCUCCCUCUGGCCCUCCUGGUCAUCCUCGCAGCUAGCUCGGCCGCAGCGGCUCAGCUGGAGAUCGGCUUCUACAGCAAGACGUGCCCUGACGCCGAGAAGAUCGUACAAGAGGAAAUGACCAAGAUCAUCGCCGCCGCCCCCAGCCUCGCCGGCCCUCUCCUCCGGCUCCAUUUCCACGACUGCUUCGUCAGGGGGUGUGACGCGUCCGUGCUGCUGGAGUCGACCCCGGGGAACACGGCGGAGAAGGACGCGAAGCCGAACAAGAGCCUGCGCGGGUUCGGGUCCGUGGAGCGGGUGAAAGCCAAGCUGGAAGCCGCGUGCCCGGGCAUCGUCUCCUGCGCCGACGUGCUCACGCUCAUGUCCCGCGAUGCCGUGGUCCUGUCCCACGGGCCCCACUGGCCAGUAGCGCUAGGCCGGAGGGAUGGCAUGGCCUCGAGCGCCACCGAGGCCAGCAACGAGCUUCCCCCGGCCUCCGGCGACGUGCCGCUCCUCGCCAAGAUCUUCGCCUCCAAGGGGCUCAACCUCAAGGACCUAGCCGUGCUCUCGGGCGGCCACACGCUCGGCACGGCGCACUGCGCGUCCUUCGAUGACAGGCUUUCCAACUCCACCGUUGAUCCGUCGCUGGACAGCGAGUACGCCGACAGGCUGAGGCUCAAGUGCGGGAGCGGCGGUGUGCUGGCGGAGAUGGACCCUGGGAGCUACAAGACCUUUGAUGGGAGCUAUUAUAGGCAAGUGGCCAAGCGGAGGGGCCUGUUCCGCUCCGACGCCGCGCUCCUGGCUGAUGCAACUACUGGGGACUACGUCCGGAGAGUUGCCUCGGGGAAGUUUGACGCGGAGUUCUUUAGGGAUUUUAGCGAGUCCAUGAUCAAGAUGGGUAAUGUCGGUGUGCUCACCGGGAGCCAGGGGGAGAUCAGGAAAAAGUGCUACGUCCUCAACUAGCUACGACGUGGAGCCAGUACGUGUUGUUAAGCGGGGUGCAUGCAUAUCUGUGUGUGUUUGAUGGUAUUCAUUUGUAGUGUGAGAAAUUAUUCUCUAUCAUCAUAUAUUCAGUAAAUUGUUUCUUCGCUAAGGCUA